AUGCUAAACAGCGCUGACAGGCAGGCGAGCGUGGACGCGCACGGUCGUGGCCGCGCGCAGCUGGAGCGCGCAAUGCGGGAGCGGCACGGCUCCUAGUCCCAGCUGGUUAAGGUGAAACGCGAGAAAGAAGGGAAAAACAUAUUAUAUUUAUUUCUUCACGGAACUGGACCCUUUUUGGAAAAAAAGGGACAUUUACGCCAAAACACGAGUUCUGUGGGCGUCCAUGGAUCUGCAGCAGAUACCUGGCUGACUGUAGACGAAGCCAGAUUCUGCUCUCAUGUCAAGUCAUAAACGGUCACAGAUAAAUGAGGGAGUGGCUUUCAGUUCUGCCGGGCGAGCGAUGCUGACCACGCCGGCCCUCUGGCAAUAAUCAGCUGUGACAUGGCAGACCGGGACGACAAGGCGGAGCUGUCCAUUGCCCCGGGCCAGCCAUACAUCGAGGUGGAGUAUGAGUACGUGUACAAGGCCAAGGACCGCGUCAUCACCAUAAAGCCUAAGGAAUGCUACAUGCUGGUGAAGAAGACCAACGUGGACUGGUGGCAGGUUAAGAAAGACGAGGGAUCCAAGCCGUUCUAUGUACCUGCCCAGUAUGUGCGGGAGGUUCGCAAGGCCCUGAUGCCACCACCCAAGGCCCUAACCCAGGGCGGCCCCAUCAGGCCACGGCCCGCCACUCCGGACACCAGCAAGCCCAACGAGAACCUCAACAAACCAACGGUUCAUCUGACCCCGCCGACAGUAGUCAAAGACAUCAACCAGAACCCGGCCAGCUCCGGGCAUGGCAAAGGUUCACCGGACCCCCUCCCCCAUGGCAGCAGCAUCAAUAGUAAUGGUGGUUCAUUGCCACGACAACGGGCCAAGUCCCCCUCAUCUGACAAAAAAGUCCCUCUGGACAUCUCAGUGGAUGUGACGGGUCCCACGGUGGACUCAGACAAACACUACCAUGACCUGGAGUCAGGAGAUGAGCUGAGCAGCAGUCCCACGGAGCCCAUGCAGAGUCCCUCCCCCUUGGAUUCCACCCGGCCGGACUCCCCCGUCUACGGCAAUCUGCAGGAUCUGAAGCUUUGUCAGAGCAGCCAGCCCCCCAGGCCGUCCAGCUUGCCGCUGCAGACGGCCGGCGACUGGGAGACCCACCACGAUGCCACUGGCCGGCUCUACUACUAUAACCGCUGCACGCUGGAGCGCAGCUGGAAGCCCCCCCGCAGCAGGGAGACCAGCACCAAGGGGGACUCCGAGGUGCUCCGGCGGCUCAGCACACGUUCCAGCCAGUCUGACAGCCAGUAUGGCUCCCUGCGUGGCUGGUCCGAGGAGCUGGACGAGCACGGCCAAACCCUGUACAUCAGUGACCACACCAGCGAGAAGUGGAUGAAGCAUGUGGACGAUCAGGGUCGCUCUUAUUAUUACAACAUGGACGGCUCCAGGUCCGAGUGGGAGCUGCCCAAGCUGGACCCCCCAACCACGCACUCCGGGAAUUCACUCAAAACCCAGAGUCUGGACCGCAAGCAGCCGGAGCCCAUCGUGCUCAGCAGGUGGAGACACAGCACCUGUAUUCUGGAGGCCAAUGACAAGGAGCCCCCGUCGAGCCCCAAAGGCGUCCCGGAUUCUGAUUUGAGCCCUCUGUCUCCCAGGCCACUUCCGUCUCCAUCAGAGAAGUGUGGUGUGCUGAACGUGACCAAAAUCACGGAGAAUGGAAAGAAAGUCAGGAAGAACUGGACGUCAUCCUGGACAGUGCUCCAUGGAUCCUCGCUGCUCUUUGCUAAGGGUCAAGGAGGUGGGACCAGCUGGAAGUUUGGCAGCAGCCAGUCCAAACCGGAGUUUACCGUGGACCUCAGGGGGGCCUCUAUAGAAUGGGCUAUGAAGGAGAAGUCCAGCAAAAAGAAUGUCAUUGAGCUGAAGACUCGCCAGGGCACAGAGCUGCUCAUCCAGCUAGAGCACGAGGCUGCCAUCCACGAGUGGUACAAGGCCCUGUCAGAGGCCAUCGGCUCCCACGCCUGGGAGUCUGAUGAAGCCAUAGAGGAGGACAUUCUUGAGAUGCCCACGGGCGAGAAGCAGGACAAGGACAAGGAGAAGGAAAAGGAGAAAGACAAGGAGCAUCGAGACUCCAGGAAGGGCAGGGCCGUGAAGACCUCCGUCAGCAUGGAAUCGACAGAGGACAAGAAGACCAAGGUGAAGCUGAAAAAGUUCCUGACACGUCGACCCACGCUACAGUCCGUCCGGGACAAAGGCUACAUCAAAGACCAGGUGUUCGGCUGCAGCCUGACCAGCCUCUGCCAGCGGGAAAGCUCGACGGUGCCCCAUUUCGUCCGGAUGUGCAUCGAGCACGUGGAGAAGAGUGGCCUGGACGUGGAUGGAUUGUACCGGGUUAACGGGAACCUGUCAGUCAUACAGAAGCUGAGGUUCGCGGUCAAUCACGAUGAGAAGGUGGAUCUGGAGAGCAGCAAGUGGGAGGACAUCCAUGUCACCACGGGUGCCCUGAAGAUGUUUUUUCGGGAGCUUGCAGAACCACUGUUCACCUACGCCCAGUUCAACGACUUUGUUAACGCCAUCAAAUCUCAGGACUACAAGCAGCGGCCACUUUUGAUUAGGGAUUUAAUCAAGCAGAUGCCGAAACCCAACCAGGACACCAUGCAGGUCCUCUUCAAGCAUCUCAGGAAAGUGAUAGAGCAUGGCGAGGCGAACCGCAUGACCUCUCACAGCGUGGCCAUCGUGUUCGGCCCCACCCUGCUGAGGCCUGAGGUGGAGACCAGCAUCAUGGCUGUGCACAUGGUUUACCAGAACCAGAUCGUGGAACUGAUCCUGCAGGAGUAUGACCUCAUCUUCGGCAGGUAGGGCUUCUGGAAGCAGGGCCAGGGGGGCCCGGGGUCGCCUCUGAACUGCACGCCGCUCGAGUCACGCUUCCAUGGGACAGCCCUAGCCGUCUAUCUCUACAGCUCCAUGCAGAUGACUUAUCUUACUUUUGCACCUAACAUUGUUGAGCUCAGUGUACAGUUGUUUUUUCCCUUCCCUUAGCUGCUAAUGCUUCAGCAGCGGAUUGUAAGCAUACUGCACGCCGAUGCAGACAGCGCCACCUGCUGGGUGGAGGACUGAUGGCUGAGUGGGAGUGGGGCCAUUAAGGAGAGCUUAAUAAACAUGCAGCCUCUGAAGCCGGUGCUGGUUUAUCAGGUUUUGGGCCGCCGAGCCCAGGUUCUGAGGCACGGGAGCUGGGUGCUCCAGACAGUGUCCGUCCGCCAAGAGCUCAAACACGUCCCAGUCCUCUAUAGAGUGUACUGCUGCAGGCCCUGGAUAAUCACCCCCAUCACGUGGGACAGAGCUGUGUGCUGCAGCUACCCUCUGGAAAUACUCCUUUUCUCAUCUUUCCUGACCUCGCUGGACUAGGGGCAGAUGACGCAACUCUUGAUCACAACUGCCUGCAUGCAGGUACGGGCCCCUGGAUCAAACAGACCUUUUCCUGGCAAGUGCAGACUGUUCCAAGACCACAGCACUGGAAUGAGUCCUGGUGUAUUUAUUCUGCAAACGCAUGCACUGUGCAUCUCAACUAAGCUACAGAAGUAGGGUAAUGGAAAUGAUUUACAAGACUGUAGGACAGCCUGAAAAAAGGUACACUGGAAACUGUGGUACUAAUGUCGUUUUGAUGUUUUUUUUAUGUUUUGGAGCUUUUGGAACUGGGAGAAACUUAUCAAAAUCAAAUAAUAUUAAUAUUCAGUAGUAUAUAUGAAUUAACUGAAACGAUGAAAAAAAAAACUGGUUUUUGAAAUUUAUGUUCAACUGGUGCAUUUUUAAUGUCGCUUUCCAGACUAACUGCUGUUCCGGCUGUAUCUGUCUAAUCUGAAUAAAAGUUAAAUCUCACCCAGA